AUGCCCCUGACUCAUGUAAAGACCCUAUUCUGUUUUAUUGCCGUCCGUUUCGAGAACACAUAUGACCUCGAACUUGACACAAUUUCCGGUCACAUUAUACUACAAACGCUCUUACCCGACUUCCUUCUCGAUCCGUACUCACUCCGGGGAACGUUCGCUAAGCCCGAUCUGUUGAAGUCGUUAGCGCGUCGUAACUCCGGCCCGACUUAG